AUGGUGGGCCAUCAUGCACAGGAAGAGACCGAAGUGACAACAUCCGCAUCUCUUCGGAGAUCUCUUCGUGCCAUCUACUCCCUCGAUACGCUCGACACUCGCCUGACCACAUCGUCCAAGACCCCUUCUAAGGAUGCCAGCAAGAUCUCCGCAGACACUGCAGUAGAUGGACCAAAAAGAGACAAGGACUUACCAGAAGGCGCUUCACCCUCGAAAUGGACCACCCCAGAGUUUGGCCUGUACACUUUGGUCUUUGUCAUAAGUGUGCCAUUGAUGUACAAGGCGGUCUGGGAUGUCUCUCAGCCAGAGUCUAAGCAUUAUAAGGAGUAUGCGAGCUUGUUGUCUGAUGGCUGGCUGUUCGGUCGCAAGGUCGAUAACUCAGACAGUCAGUAUGCUGGGUUUAGGGACAAUGUACCCUACUUAGCAAUACUAUUGGUGGUGCACCCAUUACUGAGGCGGGCAUACAACUUAGUCUUCUCUACCCAGAGGACUUCUUCUACCUCGUCUGCAAGUGAGCGGCUCUCUGCUCGUGCAAACUUUGAUUUCGUUUCUGGCCUUGUCUUCAUUACUGCCCUACAUGGCUUUUCUGCUUCAAAGGUACUGACCAUCUUGUAUAUCAACUACUGCAUAGCCAUGCGAUUGCCUCGAGAUUUCAUGCCCUCAGCUACCUGGAUGUUCAAUGUUGGGGUCUUGUUUGCGAAUGAGCUGGCUCAGGGUUACCGUUUCACUUCUAUCGCGGCAGCGACGGCUCCUUUCUACGCUGGUGCAGAGGAUGUGGGAAAGUUCUUAGAUUCAUUUGGGGGUCUGAUUCCAAGAUGGGAGGUCUUAUUCAAUAUUACCAUUCUUCGACUUAUAGCUUUCAACAUGGAUUACUUUUGGUCAUUGAGUCGAGAUCGAGCUGGAAGUCCAAUUGAGAAGAAACAAUUAGAUCCUUCCGCUCUGUCAGAACGGGAUAGAGUCUCUAUUCCAGCUCCUGAGUCGGCCUUCACAUCCUUCAAAACAUACCUCGCAUAUGUUUUAUAUCCUCCGCUAUACCUUGCUGGGCCGAUUCUCAACUUCAACGACUACAUUUCUCAAUCGACCUACCAAUCAGCAAGUAUCAACACUCGUCGCACCACGCUUUAUGCAAUCCGCUUCCUCCUGACACUCUUUUGUAUGGAAUUUCUCCUACAUACAACCUACGUUGUGGCUAUCUCAAAGUCCAAUCCAGACUGGUUAGCCUUUACUCCAUUUCAAUUGAGUAUGCUCGCCUACUUCAAUUUACAUGUUAUCUGGCUGAAGUUGCUCAUCCCGUGGCGCUUCUUCAGACUCUGGUCACUUAUCGACGGCAUCGAUCCUGUCGAGAAUGUGGUCAGAUGUAUGAGCGACAACUACUCUGCCCUCUCUUUCUGGCGAGCAUGGCACAGAAGUUUCAACAGAUGGAUCGUGCGGUAUCUCUACGUUCCACUCGGCGGAGGGCCGGGAGGUGGCACGGGUGCAGUCAGAGGUACUAUCAAUAUGCUUGCAGUCUUUACCUUCGUUGCACUCUGGCACGAUAUCAACCUCCAAUUGUUGGCUUGGGGUUGGCUGAUUGUCUUCUUCGUGCUUCCCGAGAUCCUAGCCACGAUAGCGUUCCCGAAGUCUAAAUGGAGGGACAGACCGACUACCUAUCGUAUGAUUUGUGGUGUCGGUGCAGUCUUCAAUAUCAUGAUGAUGAUGGCCGCGAAUCUGGUUGGUUUUGCUGUUGGACUGGAUGGCCUGAAGGGAUUGGUGACUGCGAUGAUCUCGAGCACGGCGGGUCUGUUAUAUACAGCUGUUGCCUGCUCUGUUCUGUUUGUGGGCGCUCAAGUCAUGUUUGAACAUCGUGAAGAAGAGAAGCGGAAGGGGAUAUUUCUGAAGUUUUAG